AUGCAGCAUCAUCGUAUUAUUUCAAUAACACAUAUUGAUGAAUUACAACAACUAAAAAGAAUAUCAAAUUCAUUUAGCAUUAAUGCUGAUGUUACAUCCACACGCUUACAAUCAAAAUUUUAUGAAGGAAAGAACGAAGUGAACAGUGGUGGUGUAAAAGUCAAAUUUCGAUUGUAUAUGUUAAUUUUUAGUUCUGAGCUAAACUCAAUACUUCAAACUGCCAAUGCUUCACUGGAAUUUCGUCGUGUAUAUGUUAGCAAUGCAGAGCGGCCCUUACUUUUACGCAAUUUCUUUUUUCCUAAUCGUCGCAUAUCAAAGACCCAUGAUAAAGUACUUUUUGCCGUUCAUACUCCUAUUCCAUCAUCAUCGAGUAAAUCAUUUCUUCGAUCAUAUAAACAAGCACGUCGUCGAGAUGAUUCCAGUGGUAUUGUCAGUUAUGGUACAACAGACUCAGAAACCGUUUAUCAGACAACGGUGGGAAAACCAAAAGCAAAUAAAGCAUGUGAACUAGUUCUCGCCGAAUUACCAUUUAAUGUAUUCACACCAAGUGGCCAAUGCAAAUAUAGGUUACAUACAUGA